GCAAACCUUCCUUUCAGCAUUUCAAACAAAUUGCACAAGGUUCAGUCAUUCAGUGUUUCACCACCUGUCCGCCUCACAUCGCGACCCCUCGUAUCGGAGCCGCUAUGCAAACCAUUGUGCUGUUGGUGCUGUGGGUGCUGGGAACGUCACUGGUGUUGCCAGACCCCGACACAGCCGGAGAGAGCGUGGCCGAAGAGCCCACCCCGUGUUCCAAAGGAUGCACCUGUAUGCACGACGACUACAGCCUGGAGCUCAACAUGUACUGCAGCGGGCGUAACUUAACACACGUGCCCUCGGACAUCCCCCUGUCCACUCAUUGCCUCUGGCUGGAUGGCAAUCGGUUCACCUCCCUCCUGGCGGCGUCUUUCAAGGACCUUUCUAACCUGGACUUCUUAAACCUGCAGAGUGGCGAGCUGGUGACACUCGACCCUCAGGCUUUUAAGGGACUCCGGUCGCUUGCACACAUUCACCUCGAGCGGAAUCGCAUCCGGGCGUUGCCAGGUACGAUCUUCCAGAACGUUCCUAACAUCGCUUCAAUUAGUCUGCAUAACAACCAACUCACUCGUCUUGAAGAAAGACUGUUUGCAGGGCUCUCACGCAUGUGGCUUCUCAACCUGGGGUGGAACUCCUUAGUGGUUUUACCCGAGACGGUUUUCCACGACCUGCAAGGUCUACGCGAGCUUGUUCUCGCGGGGAACAGACUUGCUUAUCUGCAGCCACAGCUUUUCCAAAAUCUCGCUGAGCUUAAAGAGUUAGAUUUGACCGGAAAUUACCUCAAAGUCAUCAAAGCUAAUGUGUUUGUCAAACUAACUAAGCUGCAUAAGCUUUACCUGGCCCAGAAUCACAUUGUUACAGUGGCACCCAGAGCCUUUGUAGGCAUGAAGUCACUCAGAUGGCUGGAUCUCACAAACAACAGACUGACUUCUCUCCACGACGACACUUUCUUGGGCCUCCAUAGUCUUCACGUCCUGCGUCUUUCCAACAACUCGAUUGCCGGAAUUAGGCCCAGGACUUUCCGUGACCUGCAGUAUUUAGAAGAGCUACGACUCAGCCACAACAGGAUCCGGACCUUGGGGGAAAGGAUCUUCGAGGGUCUCGGUCAUCUGGAGGUUCUAGAGCUGGGGCACAACCAGGUGCAGGAGGCACAGGUGGGUAGUUUCACCGGGCUCCCUCAUGUGGCCGUCAUCAACCUGACCGGAAGCUGCUUCCACAGUCUGCCAGACCAAAUGUUUAACGGCCUGUCGAAGCUCCACAGCCUUCAUCUGGACAAAGGUUGCCUGACGAGAGUCACGACUCAAGCUUUCACCGGGCUCUCUGGUUUGCGGAGGCUUUUCUUGCAGCAAAACAACAUCUCUGUGGUAGAAGAACAUAGCUUCGGAGACCUGGUGGGCCUAUUGGCACUGGACUUGAGCUUCAACAAGUUGGAAGUUCUAACAACCCAUACAUUCUCCGGCCUUAAGAAUUUGGAGUACUUGCUGUUGUCCAACAAUGUAUGUCGACAAUAUUUGCAGAAUGGCACAAAGCAGCUACUCCCGAGACUGCGCUAUCUGGACCUGAGAGCCAACGCCCUGACCAGCAUGGUCCCCGAUUUUCCGGAGAACAUGGAAAAACUUUUGCUGUCUUGGAACCGGUGGAGAUGUGACUGCGACGCCCUCCCACUCCGAAACUACAGCCUGAGGAAUCCUUCGGUGAUACCGCGGCAAGUGGAGACUCACGCAGAGGGUGAAGAGCCCGACACGACCAUCACCAUAUUCAACAAUAUCACAUGCGUCAGCCCGCCGCGUCUCGUUGGUCAGGACUUGCGAGAUAUUGACAGUGAAUUCUUCCAAUGCCCCUAAACCAACAGGCGAAGAUGUGUUUAGGGAUUUGGUUGGUGUAAUCAAUCAUAUUUUUAACAAUUGAUACCCUCCCACUUUAAAAAAGUAUUAAGAAUGCACGAUUCAGGUUCUUGUUUCGCAUUUACCAUUUAAAUGUAAAUGUUGUCAUCUGUACCCUUUAGAUAAAAUGGUUCCAGUAUAUAUAUAUAUAUAUAUAUGAGAUGCUGUGAAUUUCUUUUGAAUAAAAAGAAAAACAGACAUAUUUAGCUUCAACUAAAGCCGGCAAAUUGUUGAUCUCUGCAGAGAAGGAACAAUCUAAAGGAGUUUCUCUAAAUCCAACUCAAAUGCAGUAGGCAAUUUAGUUUGUAUUGAUAUCUAAGAGCAAUAUCAGCUAAACAAACCUCUACCACCGUGGGAUCAGAUUGUGGAAACUUGUUGAGGUAAACAACAUUAAAGAUAUUUUUACCUUUCUUUGUGUCCUUGAACACUUGGCACUUGGCAAAAGAGAAUUGGGGAUAGCAGGUCCAAACCAAACUUUUUAGUUCAGCCCAUUAAGCUUCAGUAAAAUAAUCCCUGUUUAGUCCAAAAUUCCUUUCAUUGGGCUCGUUAAACAAACUUCGGCAAAAAUUACCGGAAGGAAGAAAAGGGGGUACAACUAUGAAGCUAAAAAGUCUUCAAGAUGAUGUUAUUGGUGUAGCGAUAUUACUUGUUUGACACUAAAAACAAAACAUAGUUGGGAAAUUCUUUUCAACGUGCAAUAAAUGUUUUACAGCUUG